GGAGGCGGAGGGGAAAGUUUGUUUAUUUUGUUUUUAGUUUCUGGGGUCCCCGUGUUUCUGGGAGGUGAAGCGGGAGGGACUGACCCCCGCUCUCCUCAGUCCCCCUACUACGUCGCCUCCACAGCCUGCGGAAGAGCGGGGACCACGCGCAUCGCAGCGCAUCGUCUCACAGCGGAACAUCGCGCACUCGGAACCGGCACGGCUCGGCGGGUUUUGGUUUUUGCACUGAAUGUAGUCUAGAUUUAUCUUCACGGGCGUGUGUUGCCCCAGGAAACUGUCAAAGGCAGUAUUUGUGUGUUUCUGCAGAGUUUUGCACAGAGUCUGUUCCCAUGCAAACCAAUGAGGGAGAAGUAUCGGAAGAAAGCGGUUCCAAGGUGGAACAGGAGGAUUUUGUAAUGGAAGGGCAUGGCAAGACUCCACCUCCUGGUGAAGAAAGCAAACAAGAGAAGGAGCAAGAAAGGGAAGAACAGUUAAUGGAAGACAAGAAAAGGAAGAAAGAGGAUAAAAAGAAAAAAGAAGCCACUCAGAAGGUCACGGAACAAAAAACCAAAGUGCCCGAAGUGACGAAACCAAGUUUAAGCCAACCAACGGCCGCCAGCCCAAUUGGCAGCUCUCCAUCGCCACCAGUCAAUGGUGGCAACAAUGCCAAAAGGGUGGCAGUGCCGAACGGACAACCGCCAAGCGCCGCCCGCUACAUGCCUCGGGAGGUGCCGCCGCGAUUCCGUUGCCAGCAGGACCACAAAGUGUUACUAAAACGUGGGCAGCCCCCUCCACCAUCCUGCAUGCUCCUUGGGGGUGGGGCAGGGCCUCCUCCCUCCACAGCACCUGGAGCAAACCCAAACAACGCACAAGUGACAGGAACGCUGCUGCAGAGUGAGAGUGGGACUGCAACAGAGUCAACCCUUGGAGGUGCUGCUGCUUCAAAUUAUGCAAAUUCCACUUGGGGCCCGGGAGCCUCCUCCAACAACGGCACCUCCCCCAACCCAAUUCACAUCUGGGACAAGGUGAUUGUAGACGGGUCUAACAUGGAAGAGUGGCCUCGUAUUGCCAGCAAAGACACUGAGUCUUCUUCCGAAAACACCACCGAUAACAACAGUGCCUCGAACCCUGGCUCUGAGAAGAGCACUCUGCCAGGAAGCACCACUAGUAAUAAAGGAAAAGGGAGCCAGUGCCAGUCUGCAAGUUCUGGGAACGAAUGUAAUCUUGGGGUCUGGAAAUCUGACCCUAAGGCUAAAUCUGUUCAAUCUUCCAACUCUGCUACAGAGAGCAACAAUGGACUAGGAAAUUGGAGGAAUGUGAGUGGUCAGGAUAGAAUUGGACCUGGCUCUGGCUUCAGCAACUUUAACCCAAAUAGCAACCCAUCUGCCUGGCCAGCACUGGUCCAAGAAGGAAAUUCUAGGAAAGGGGCAUUGGAAACAGAUACUAGUAAUUCCAGUGCACAGGUUAGCACAGUAGGUCAGGCAUCCAGGGAACAGCAGUCAAAGAUGGAAAAUGCGGGUGUUAAUUUUGUUGUCUCUGGCAGAGAACAGGCUCAAAUUCAUAACACUGAUGGACCAAAAAAUGGAAACACUAACUCCUUGAACUUAAGUUCACCAAACCCCAUGGAGAAUAAGGGAAUGCCCUUUGGUAUGGGCUUGGGGAACGCCUCCAGGAGCACUGAUGCCCCUUCACAAAGCACUGGAGAUCGAAAGACUGGGAGUGUUGGAUCUUGGGGUGCAGCUAGGGGGCCUUCUGGAACUGACACAGCCUCUGGACAAAGCAAUUCUGGAAACAAUGGGAACAAUGGAAAGGAUAGAGAGGACUCCUGGAAAGGAGCUUCUGCUCAGAAGUCAACUGGGUCAAAAAAUGACUCUUGGGACAAUAACAGGUCUACGGGUGGGUCCUGGAACUUUGGCCCUCAGGACUCUAAUGACAACAAAUGGGGUGAAGGGAACAAAAUAACAUCUGGGGUCUCUCAGGGAGAAUGGAAACAGCCGACUGGGUCUGAUGAGUUGAAAAUUGGAGAAUGGAGUGGUCCAAACCAACCAAAUUCUAGCACUGGAGCAUGGGACAAUCAAAAGGGCCACCCCCUCCCUGAAAACCAAGGCAAUGCCCAGGCUCCCUGUUGGGGAAGAUCUUCCAGCUCCACAGGAAGUGAAGUUGGAGGUCAAAGCACUGGAAGCAACCACAAAGCAGGAAGUAGUGACAGUCAUAAUUCUGGCCGUCGGUCAUAUAGGCCCACACAUCCUGAUUGUCAGGCUGUCUUGCAGACUCUUUUGAGCCGAACUGAUUUGGACCCCAGGGUGCUCUCAAACACUGGCUGGGGCCAAACUCAAAUUAAGCAGGACACAGUGUGGGAUAUUGAAGAGGUGCCACGGCCUGAGGGAAAAUCGGACAAAGGAACUGAGGGGUGGGAGAGCGCUGCCACACAGACCAAGAACUCAGGGGGCUGGGGAGAUGCACCCAGCCAAAGCAAUCAAAUGAAGUCUGGAUGGGGAGAGCUCUCAGCCUCUACGGAGUGGAAAGACCCCAAGAACACAGGAGGCUGGAAUGACUAUAAGAACAACAACUCUUCCAAUUGGGGAGGAGGACGACCAGAUGAAAAGACAUCUUCCUCUUGGAAUGAGAAUCCCAGCAAGGAUCAGGGGUGGGGAGGUGUACGCCAGCCCAAUCAAGGAUGGGCUUCUGGAAAGAAUGGUUGGGGAGAGGAAGUUGAUCAAGCAAAAAAUAGCAAUUGGGAAAGUUCUGCAAGUAAACCUGGGUCUGGGUGGGGCGAAGGAGGGCAGAAUGAAAUUGGAACUUGGGGGAAUGGUGGGAAUGCCAGCCUAGUUUCCAAAGGUGGCUGGGAAGAUUGCAAAAGAUCUCCAGCCUGGACUGAGACAGGCAGACAGCCCAAUUCCUGGAAUAAACAGCACCAACAGCAGCAGCAGUCACAGCAGCCACCGCCACCACAACCUGAGGCUUCUGGUUCAUGGGGAGGCCCACCCCCACCACCUCCAGGCAAUGGACGACCUUCCAAUUCCAACUGGAGCAGCGGGCCACAGCCAGUAACCCCUAAGGAUGAGGAACCCAGUGGUUGGGAAGAACCAUCCCCACAGUCAAUUAGUCGGAAAAUGGACAUUGAUGAUGGCACUUCAGCGUGGGGAGACCCCAACAGUUAUAACUACAAGAAUGUGAAUCUGUGGGACAAGAAUUCCCAAGGCGGCCCACCACCUCGAGAACCAAACCUGCCUACCCCAAUGACCAGUAAAUCAGCAUCAGUCUGGAGCAAAAGCACACCACCUGCCCCAGAUAAUGGUACUUCAGCUUGGGGUGAGCCAAAUGAAAGCAGUCCUGGGUGGGGCGAAAUGGAUGACACAGGAGCAUCGACCACAGGCUGGGGGAAUGCACCUUCCAACGCUCCAAAUGCCAUGAAACCUAAUUCCAAAUCUAUGCAAGACGGCUGGGGGGAGAGUGAUGGGCCUGUGACAGGAACUCGCCAUCCCAGCUGGGAAGAGGAGGAUGAUGGAGGAGUCUGGAACACUGCCAGCUCUCAGGGAAGUGCUUCCUCCCACAACUCAGCAAGCUGGGGACAAGGAGGAAAGAAACAAAUGAAGUGUGCAGUAAAAGGAGGAAACAGUGAUUCAUGGAUGAAUCCUCUUGCCAAACAGUUUUCAAAUAUGGGAUUGCUGAGUCAAACUGAAGAUAAUCCAAGCAGCAAAAUGGAUUUGUCUGUAGGGAGCCUUACAGAUAAAAAAUUUGAUGUGGACAAGCGAGCAAUGAAUCUCGGGGAUUUUAAUGAUAUCAUGAGGAAGGAUCGAUCUGGGUUCCGUCCACCUAAUUCCAAAGACAUGGGAACCACAGAUAGUGGGCCUUAUUUUGAGAAGGGUGGCAAUCAUGGUUUGUUUGGAAAUAGCACAGCACAAUCGAGAGGUAUGCACACACCAGUGCAGCCAUUAAAUUCUUCUCCUAGUCUCCGGGCGCAAGUGCCUCCCCAGUUUAUUUCCCCCCAGGUGUCUGCCUCAAUGCUCAAGCAGUUUCCCAACAGUGGCCUGAAUCCAGGUCUUUUCAAUGUGGGGCCCCAGUUAUCUCCUCAACAAAUUGCCAUGCUGAGCCAGCUUCCACAGAUUCCCCAGUUUCAGUUGGCAUGUCAGCUUCUCUUGCAGCAGCAGCAGCAGCAGCAGUUGUUACAGAACCAGAGAAAGCUUUCUCAAGCUGUGCGCCAGCAGCAAGAGCAGCAGCUGGCUCGAAUGGUGAGUGCACUCCAGCAGCAGCAGCAGCAGCAGAGGCAACCUAGCAUGAAGCAUUCGCCAUCUCAUCCUGUUGGGCCCAAGCCACAUUUGGACAACAUGGUACCCAACACUCUGAAUGUGGGGCUCCCAGACCUUCAAACCAAAGGGCCAAUACCUGGAUAUGGUUCCGGCUUCAGCUCUGGCGGCAUAGACUAUGGCAUGGUUGGUGGGAAGGAGGCUGGAACAGAGUCUCGCUUUAAACAGUGGACCUCCAUGAUGGAGGGACUGCCCUCUGUAGCCACACAGGAAGCCAAUAUGCACAAAAAUGGCGCUAUAGUGGCCCCUGGUAAGACCCGAGGAGGGUCACCAUACAACCAGUUUGAUAUCAUCCCAGGUGACACACUGGGUGGCCAUACGGGUCCUGCUGGUGAUAGCUGGUUACCUGCCAAAUCUCCACCAACGAAUAAAAUUGGAAGUAAAUCCAGCAAUGCCAGUUGGCCUCCAGAAUUCCAACCAGGAGUGCCAUGGAAAGGUAUCCAAAACAUUGACCCUGAAUCUGAUCCCUAUGUCACCCCAGGAAGUGUGCUGGGGGGUACAGCCACAUCUCCCAUUGUAGAUACUGAUCACCAACUUCUGCGGGAUAACACCACAGGGUCUAAUUCUUCCCUCAACACCUCGCUGCCUUCACCUGGUGCCUGGCCCUACAGUGCCUCUGACAACUCCUUUACCAAUGUUCAUAGCACUUCAGCAAAGUUCCCUGAUUACAAAUCAACAUGGUCCCCAGAUCCCAUAGGACACAACCCCACUCAUCUCUCCAACAAGAUGUGGAAAAACCAUAUUUCCUCAAGGAACACUACACCGCUGCCCCGCCCACCUCCUGGUCUGACCAACCCCAAACCAUCAUCUCCCUGGAGCAGCACAGCACCACGAUCAGUCAGGGGGUGGGGGACACAGGACUCACGGCUUGCCUCGGCCUCUACCUGGAGUGAUGGUGGUUCAGUUCGUCCUAGUUACUGGCUGGUUCUUCACAAUCUCACUCCACAGAUUGAUGGGUCAACCUUGAGAACCAUCUGCAUGCAGCAUGGCCCACUGCUGACAUUCCAUCUGAACCUAACCCAGGGCACCGCCCUGAUCCGAUACAGCACCAAACAGGAGGCGGCCAAGGCCCAAACUGCACUGCAUAUGUGUGUGUUGGGAAACACUACCAUCCUGGCUGAGUUUGCCACCGAUGAUGAAGUUAGCCGCUUUCUGGCACAAGCUCAGCCCCCUACACCUGCAGCAACCCCGAGUGCACCCGCAGCAGGUUGGCAGUCACUGGAGACCAGCCAGACCCAAUCAGAUCCCGUCGGACCUGCUCUGAAUCUUUUCGAACUCCCAAGCAUGACUACAGCUUCUUCUAAACAUCUAAGCUUCCCAGUGGGAAAGAAACUCCCACUUGACAGGUAAAGGGAGUGGGUGGGGUUGCUGCCUGCAAUUUCUCUAAAACCGCUUUAGUGCCUUGGUACAUACACCCAGACAUCCUAAGCAGGGGGAACACGUGUGUAUGUGCAUGUGGUCCAGCCACUCCAGAGACAUUAAGACACUUACCCAUUAUGGAAAUUGGAGUGGUUCUGGACAGACCCCAAAGGCAGUGGGCUAAAUUUAAAAUAAACAAACAGAAAUCAAGGAAGUUAAAUAUGCUGUUUAUGUUUCAAAAAUGUGGAAUGCCAAGAUCCUUCCUUGUGUUGGUGCCCUUUGUUACUGUGCAUUGACUUCUCCAGGUAUAUCAGUGUGACAACUAACGUGAUUUGGAAAGUUCCUUUGUGUUGGGUCAAUAGAAAGGGGUUCGUAUUUUUCUGUUCUUGUCCUUCCUCUCCUCUCUUUCCCCCACUCUUAUUUUUCUUUCUUUCCUUUUUUAUUUAUUUAUAUUUUAUUUUUGUCAACUUGCUGGAAUCUUUGCUUUAUUGGUUGGCAGUAACCUAAGAACAGGAUAUAGUGAGAUGUAAUGGAAGAGAAAAACUCUUCUUUCCAUGGUAUUCUUUGGCAAGAGCCAUUUCUGCUGAGAGGUUAGAUGGCUUCAAACACUUAGAAAAUUCAAUGGGAGCAUCUUUUCUUCUACCACAUUCUGGCAUGUGUAUAGAGGCCUGCUGGUCACCUCAUUUACAUAGAUUUACUUUAUAAACAUUUUGAUCAUGUAAAUUUGAGCUUUCUAGUUUUCACUGGUUUUCCUUUAUUUCUUUAAACACUUGAUCACUAGUGACUAGAGGUGUUCAUCUCUCAAACAUCGUGAACUUGGUUUCUGUCUACCACAUGAGUAGCCAAAAGAAAAGCAGCACUAGUAGGAAAAGGGAUGUCUUCCAUCAAACUGGGGACCUCUGCUGGCAAUUAAGAUCCAGUGCCAUGACCUAAUUUUAGAGCUUUUUGUUUUCAAAAGCAAAGUUCAUAUCUCCCAGACACUGAAAAGAGUGGAUAGUACAUCUCUGAUCCCUCAGUCUCUAGCCCUUGAUAUUUUUUAUUUAUGACAUUCACAGAAGUUAACCAGCUGUGCUGCAAGUUAAAGUUCUAAACAAAUUCUUUCAUCAGUGUCCCCUAGUUAAUCAACAUUAUCCGUUGACUGCCAUUCAAUUUCUUUGAUUUACAGCAAUUUGAUUUUAUAUUACUAUGACUCCUAUUCUAAGAACUUUACCACCUCUUCUGACAUGAAUGUAGCAUAAAUUAGCAGUUGAUUCUUCCAAGUUCCUGUGGAUUGAAUGUGAUGUAUAAGUUAUGCAACAAAAAGAAAGGAAAAGAAAUUCCUGCCUAAGAAUUUGGAAUAACUUCUAAUACAUCUAGCUGAAAUUAAAAUUUCACAGGCUAUUAACUUGUUGCAAAUAUUCACUCACUUUUCGCCACUUCUUUGGAGGGAGGAGGAGGCAGUUCUUGUAGAGUUAGCAGCCAGAUUCCAUAUCGACCUCAGAUGCUGCAUACUUUUUAUUUUUUUAUAUUCUGGCAUCGUGACUCUUAAACAGAAUGAAAAUAUCUGUGUGGUGAGCAAAAUGCUUAAGCCAAGCCUAUUUUCUUUUGCAGUGUAAACAGGAUAUUUUCAGCAGACCUGGCUGUAACAGGCAUCUCUAAGAUUAGGGAACAAUUGAGUCUUUAUAUAGAAAAGGUCCCCUUCUCCUCCGGCCUCAGAGUUCAGAUUCAGCAUAUGACACUUUGUAGGUUAUUGUUUUCGGUUUGGGUUUUUUCUUUUGUUUUAAUUAUCUGUAAGGUCUUUAGCUACAAGUAGAGAUACAUUUUUAGCUGGUUAAAAAAAAAAAAAGUCAAACUUGUUCUUUUCCAGUGGUUUUGCCAAGUUUUCUCACACUUCAUGUCUAUGCAUUAACUAUACUUCUUAGUGUUAAUGCAAAAAGAAAUCUUACUCUUUGUUUUCCCUCCUGUGAGUGUACAGCAACCAGGCUGCAUGCAAUAGUGCAGAUGAACAUAUUCUAGCCUGUGUGUAUACAGUGAUUUGUCAAUCGUUGACCUCAGCAUCAUUCAGAAAAUAGGGUGCCCUUGCCCUUACCCUCUGCUGCACCCCAUUACACACCCCUUGUACUUUCUUAUCUGCAAGAACAGAGUGUCCACACAAUCUAGAAAUGGCAAAUACACAUAAUGUUGUCAAGGAUAUCCUCAACCUAUUAAAAACAAAAUAUGUAUAGUUUCACAGCUAGAGCACACCCUGUAGUAUGGUCUGUAGAUUUAUGGCCAGUGCCAAAGGUGUGUGUAUUUUCAAAGGUGGUCCCCAUUUGUCAGUGGUGGUAUUGUUUUCAUGACCUUAAAUUUGAUAAAGGAGAUGCUGGCAUCCAUUCUUUAGAUUUGAAAUAAUUACCAACUUCAAAAUCUGUGAACAUCGUAAUAACUUAAUAUUUGAACAUUGGCCCUCCCUACCCCACCCAGAAUGCCACCUCCUCACCUACACUGCCAAAGAAAAGAGGCCAUGAGCAUCUACAGGAUUGUAGAGGGAACACUGGUCAGGAAACAGGUACUUCCCACCGGCUGGGCAUCCGCGCUGUCCUGUGGGUGGUCACUCGGUCUAUAUCUGGAGUAACCACAUGUUCUAACAUUUGAGUGGUUUUUAAACUGUCAGUCUCUCGUAGUAACCUGCUACCACCACCAAAACUAACAAAAGUGACCAAAACUGCCAGUGUUUGCCUCACAGAAUUUAAAUAGUUCCCUUUUCAGUUAGCUGUACACCUGAAUUUGUUUUUAACUAGAAACCCCACACCAGGAAAAGUGGUACUGCCCUGAUCAAAGGGUCUCUGCAAGACUCAGUCACUGGUUCUUCAUUCCGCCAACACUUGUUUUGAGUAUGGGAGGGGAAGGAUCAGAUAAAGGCAAGAAAUGUUCUGUUUCAAUUUUAAAAAGAAAAUGUUUCCCUAAGUAACUUUGUGCCUCAAACUAUUAUUUCAAACUAUAAAUCACUGCUUUGGAAAUAAAAUCCCAAUUGUAAUUGACCCAUUUCGAGGCAAUAUUAAGAAGCUGGGCUUGUGUUUUUUAAAAAGUAUAGUUCCUUUUUACAACUAGUGGUGAGCAGCAAAAGACAAGUGGGAGGGUAGCUUACAAUAUUGUGGCAGGGUUGUGAAGUGAAGUGCUUUUCUUUCCCUUCUCUUCCCCUGCUUUCUUGGACCACUUACUGAAGCUGGCAGUUCUUCUUGGGCUACUGAAAGGUGUGCACAAUUCUCCAAGGGCUGAGUUGUUGUAAGAGGUGACCAGCGGUGAGAUGGAGCGGCCUUACUGCAAGAUUAGCCUUACAGCAGAGCUUUAUGGAGAGGAAGAUAGGUAUCCUACAUGUGUUCGCCAAAAAUGAAAAAGGGGGGUAUUUAUACAAAACCAAGGAAAAACAACCUUUGGAACCGUUUAAGAAGUUACAUACCUUUUAAAGGUAGUCUAGUUUCUCACUAAGUGAUGCAUUCAGCAUACACUUCUUGCCAGAAAUUUCGGGCUAAGUUAGAAUAAAUGUGUUUAAAACACCAUCCCUACCCCCCACACAUACUUUUUAAUUUUGUCCAAGGGAUUAAUUAAGUGUAGUAUUUCUGAAUGUGCCUUUGUGAGUACAGAGACCGUCUGUUUUAGGAAGACUAUCCAUUAGGAUUAAAACAGAAGACGGUCAGCCUAGUCUUUAAGGAAGUCAGCAUUUCUCCUGGCAGUCUCCAGGGGCAGCUGUUGAGUUUUCAUUAGCAUCAAUAUUGCACAGUGUGGAGUUGUGUGGAAGAGGCUCUGGGACUUGGGAGAGGGGGCAAAGAGGUGAUGGUGCACAGGUGACAGAGACCCAGGUUAGUCCAAGAGUGCAGGUUGAAUUUAUCUAUCUGCAUUACCUAGUUUUCUUCGUGUAUAUGUGUGUGUGCACGUCUGGUUGUUUUACUUUUUGUUUUUCUGUAAGCACUGGAGAACUGAAAUAUGGUGAUGUUUGUGACACAUUCAUGCAUGUCCAGAGGCGGUUUCCCUGCUUCUGUGUGCAGGGCGGGCAGUGCAUUUCCACCCUCUGAGUCUGUGUCCCAAGAAGGCAAUUAUUUUCCCAAAUGGAAGUCACUUCAUGUUGCUGUUUAUUCAAACAGGGUAUUACACACAAGGAAAAAGCUUUUGAAAGAAUAAGAUUGAAGUGUUUGAGAAAGAAAAGAGAAAAAUCUGAAAUCAUAUUUUAUUUCUUCAGAACUGUUAUAGUUAAAACAUAGAAACCUGCAGCAUCUCUUUAUUUGUUUUUAUUUGUUUUAAAUAAUUCCACCUCUUCUCCCCACUCCCGAUCUUCUAAAGAAAUAUCAAGUGAAUGCUAAGGGCCAUUUCCAUAAUUCCUCAGAACUCCCCAAAGAGGAAACCGAUCCCUCCCGCAAGAUUCCUUCAGCUUCCUUCAGCUUCAUUCAGGAAGACAAAGGGAGGAGAGAUGCUGCCGCUCUCUGUGCUUCACUCUCAUUCCU